AUGAAUGAGCUUCUGGCUAAAGGUUAUGCUGAAAAGGUCCCGGAAGAGAUCAAUCGCAAUGAUGGCAAGCUGUGGUAUAUACCACACCAUGGUGUUUACCAUCCGACCAAGAAGAAACUCAGAGUUGUGUUUGACUGUGGAGCGCCCUGCGCCGAGGUUCAGGCCAAGAAGAAGAAGACGAUGACUUCCAAGCCCAAGAAGGUCGGCCUCAGCGUGGGCGAGCUGAUUGUGAAAGCCGUGGCCGCUUCCAAGGAGCGCAACGGCCUGUCCGUGGCCGCUCUCAAGAAGGCUCUGGCUGCCGGAGGCUACGAUGUGGACAAGAACAAGGCCCGUGUCAAGACCGCCAUCAAGAGCCUGGUGGCGAAGGGCACUCUGGUGCAGACCAAGGGCACCAGGACCUCCGGAUCCUUCAAGAUGAACAAGGCUACUGAGAGCAAAGCCAAGAAGCCCGCCGCGGCCAAAGCCAAGAAACCGGCAGCAGCUGCUAAGAAGUCGCCCAAGAAGGCAGCAGCAGCACUUCAGCUACUAGACAGGACAAAGCUGAAGGAGAACUGCCGGGACUGUUGAAGUGGGA